GCGCUGUUAAAAUCCGAGGAUUGUAAUAUUUGUGUUCAAACUUUUAUUUUGAAAGAGUUUCUUUACGUCGAAUUGUGCGUCUGACGUCGAGGAAGUGCGCGAAACUGUCAGCAGCAGUAGCAGUUUCAGCGUGUGAUUUGUGUUUAUACAUUUUAAAAUGACCGUGUGCAAUUUUUUUCUUCAAGGCCGCUGUAGAUACGGAGAUAAAUGCUGGAAUGAGCAUCCGAGAGGCGGAGAUUACAGAGGAAACCAGCAGCCCAGCAGAGGAGGGUUUGGUAACCGUGUGUGGGUAAACCCAUCUCAGCGGUCCGGUAAUGAAUUCAUUCAACCCUCUACAUUCUCUCGUGAUGGUGGCAACUGGGGCAGAAGAGAUGCGAAAAGCUCAGAUUUCAGCUUCUCCACCCAGAACAGAUUCUCCACACUAAACUCUCAGAAUAACACAGAUAAAGGUGGACAAACAUCAGCAGAUGACAAUAUAAAGCAUGUCGAUACAAUCCAGGCUGACAUGGAGAGCUGGCAGAGUUCUGGUCAGUGGCCGUUUUCAUGUUAUUCUGUGCUCAGCGCCCAAAUCUCAGGAUUUGUUGAGUUGUGUCCUGAAGAACUGAGGUUGGAAUAUUACACCAGCAGGGCGUCUGGAGAUCUUCAGACAUAUAUGAACUCCAUACAGCAGCUGGCCAACCAGUGGAAGACCAGAGUUCAGGAGCUUAAAACCAUGAACAAGUCCACUCAGAUGAGUGUGAUAUCAGAGCUUAACAACUCGAGUCAGACAUCAUCACACGGAUUUGGGUCGUCCAGCUCAGGGUUCAACCCAACAUCAGGGUUUGGAUCCACGUCAGCAACAUCGGGGACAGGGUUUGGAUCCACGUCAGCAACAUCGGGGACAGGGUUUGGAUCCACGUCAGCAACAUCGGGGACAGGGUUUGGAUCCACGUCAGGAACAUCGGGGACAGGGUUUGGAUCUACGUCAGGAACAUCGGGGACAGGGUUUGGAUCCACAUCAGCAUCAUCAUCAGGGUUUGGAACAGGAGGGUUUGGCUCCAGCUCUCAGAGCAGUAACACUUUCAGCUUUGCUCCGUCCAGAAGUGGCUUUGGCACAGUGAAUACACAGCAGGCAUCAGGGUUUGGCAGCACAGCGGUCGCUCAGCCUCCAUCAGCAUCCACCUUCUCCUUCGCUGCUCCAGCCACUGAGAAUAAACCCAAUACAAGUGCACCCGGAUGGUCUGCUGGUCCUAGUUUCCAGUCUGCAGGUGCUUUUGGCACAGGGUUUGGCUCAUCAGCAGCGAGCAGCGGUGGCAGUUUGUUUGGUGCUGCUGCUGGAGAUACUGGGAGCUCUGGUGAUGCUGGGGACAAACUUUUUACAGCCCGCAGUGAUCUGACAGCUGAAGAACUGAAGGAGUUCACAGCGAAACGCUUUACACUGGGACAAAUCCCCCUUAAACCACCUCCAGUAGACCUGCUCAUGGUCUAACACUGACUCUGGGGGCUUUGGGAGCAGGUUUAGUGUUUUAAAUGCAUUGUGAAUAAAAAUGUUUAUACAUUG